CGCGGAAUUCGAGCUCGAGCUUAGACAGCAAUCAGCAAAUUUCUUCACGAUGCACUUCACCCGAUGAUACGCCCUUGUGUUCGAGCGACCCUUUGUCGCUCGCAGCCACGUAGCACCCAUGCAUCGCCCCUCGUCUCUAUACCACGAACAUUCUGCGCUAGUCGACGGUUGAGAGAAGACCCGCGUUUGCAGAACAUCGGACGCGUUAUCGAAGAUGAAUAUGCGGUGAUGCGAGAUAACUAUGAGACACCGAAGCACACUAUCAUCCUCGCCCACGGUCUCCUCGGCUUCGAUGAACUCCGCCUUGCGGGCCAAUUCUUACCCGGCAUACAAUAUUGGCGAGGGAUAACGGACGCGCUGGCCCAUAAAGGCAUCGAGGUAAUCGUGGCUGCCGUGCCGCCUUCUGGAAGCAUUGAGGCUAGGGCAGCGAAACUAGCUGAAAGUAUUGCCGAGAAGGCCAAAGGAAAAGAUGUAAACAUCAUAGCACAUAGCAUGGGUGGUCUUGAUGCGCGGUACAUGAUUAGCCGUCUUCAACCGACAAACUUGAGCGUCUUAUCAUUGACCACCAUCGCGACACCGCACAGGGGGUCGGCCUUUGCAGACUACAUGUUUGACUCCAUUGGUCCACACCAAAUUCGGAGGCUCUACAAGGUCAUGGACUAUUUUGGCUUGGAGACCGGGGCUUUCUCGCAGCUCACGCGCCGAUAUAUGCAAGGAGAGUUCAAUGACAAGACUCCGAAUGUGAGGGGCAUUAGGUACUACUCGUAUGGCGCAUCGCUGGAACCCUCGUUCUGGUCGGUAUUUGCGGCUUCCCACGCCAUCAUCAAGAACAUGGAAGGCGGUCUCAAUGACGGGCUUGUUAGCGUCCACUCGAGUCGGUGGGGCGACUACAAGGGAACUCUGAUAGGAGUCAGCCAUCUGGACCUGAUUAAUUGGACGAAUCGCCUGAAGUGGUUUUUCUGGGAGCUCACGGGGAGCAAGAGGAACUUCAAUGCUAUCGCCUUCUAUCUCGAUAUUGCCGAUAUGCUGGCCAAAGAAGGACUUUGAACAAGUCGUCCUCGCUACGGCCCGUUCUGGAAGGGGAACAUAUACACUUCGGUCCUCAAACACCAACUGCAGGAACGCGUAACCACUGCAGACUUAGCCUUACCUGGGCGAGGGUUUUGGUAUCAUCGAGCGAAGGGGUAAGAAAAGGGGGCGCUCGGCGGGCUGUGGCUGUGGCUGUGCACAACCACAACGGAUUUGAGACCAGGA